AUGAAGGCUCACAUUCGAUUGAUGUCGUCGAAACUCCUGAGCAAGCCUUUGAAGCUGCUCGACAAUUUGAUAGGCAAUGACAUUGAGGUAAUAGAGGCUUAUCGGGUACAACAUAGCCAUCAUCGUAUGCCAACUAAAGGGGGGAUUCGUUAUGCCCUAAGCGUGGACCAAGAGGAAGUAAUGGCACUUGCCGCCCUAAUGACCUAUAAAUGUGCUUUGGUGGAUGUGCCGUUUGGAGGUGCAAAAGGUGGGCUGAAAAUUGACCCGCGAAAAUAUACAGAAGAACAAUUGGAACGUAUUACCCGUCGCUAUACCUCUGAGUUGAUUCAUCGAAAUAUGAUAGGCCCUGGCAUCGAUGUUCCUGCACCUGAUUAUGGCACGGGGCCUCGCGAAAUGUCUUGGAUUAUGGAUACUUAUGUCAUGAUGAAACAUGGUGAUUUGGACGGCAUCGCGUGCGUGACAGGCAAACCUGUUUCUAUGAAUGGUAUUCAUGGACGCACAGAAGCUACUGGUCGGGGUGUUUUUUAUGGAAUGCGCGAAAUG